ACUCUCCAACAAAUUGAUGAUAAACUUGAUGAAGUAACUCAAGGUAUAAACUUUAUAAAAUCUCAUAUAGCCGAAAAAGGUGUUGUCGAGGCAAUUGAAAUUGAUCCAAAUGAAUUAGUUGAUCCUAAUAUUCAAACAACUAGAGGAAAAAUCUUUAAAGGCAAUCCUGAAAUUGAGAAUGAUGAAAUUCCCGAA